AUGUCGUCAAAACCCUUGCUGCACUCACGCAUCCUCCAUCGCCAGUUCAACUCCUUCUUCGUUCCGAAGGCAAGGCCAUUACCCUACGGCAGUCAGAACCGACAUGCUCUCAAUGCAAGACUGUCUAGCUCGACCGCUACCAAUGACGACUCUGAAGAAACAAUACAUUACGACAUUCUUGAAUCAGUGGAGAGCAUUUGGGGCUAUUGUCCUGGAGGCUAUCAUCCGCUCACAUUGGGAGAACUACUUCAUGAUCGAUAUCGAGUAAUUCACAAGCUGGGGUACGGUAGUUCCUCAACCGUUUGGCUAGCCCGGGAUGAACAAUCCGAUCAAAAUGUUGCUUUAAAAGUCGGCGAAUCAAAGAGAAGAACUAGUGAAGUCGACAUUAUUACUGCACUUGGUCGAUCUCAAAGUAACUUCUUCAAUGUCUCCGGCGAGAUGAUGAUUCCUACAGUCCUGGAUACCUUCAAGAUUCGCGGGCCUAAUGGAGUCCAUCCUUGCUAUGUCACCACGACUUGCGGACCUAGUCUUCGUGAUUUGAAAGGGGAAUGGAGUGCGGAUCUGUUUCAGAUCGAUGUAGCGCGAGCGUUGGCUGCACAGCUUGUCCUUGCUGUCGAACUCGUCCACGCACAAGGCAUCGUUCAUGGAGAUAUUCAUCUAGGCAACAUUCUUCUUCACAAUAGGCCCAACUUUAACAAGCUCCCAGUAAAGCAGAUAUACAAGAGAUUUAGAAAGCCACAGCUGCAAGUAGUCAGUCGUGCGGAUGGCAGACCCAACCCUCGAGGUGUACCGUCGCACCUGGUUACACCUAUCUGGCUUGGAAAGGCCUGUGAGAGGAUCACCCUUGCGGAGGCCAGAAUUCAACUUAUAGAUUUCGGCGAUUAUCAUAACGGUCUAGACUACAUGGAAUGCUCACUUUGGAAUUCUUCCACGCCCGAGUGUCGAUUCGAGAAACCGAAACCGCCUUCUUUUCCGUCGGACGUUUGGGCUAUGGCAUGUACCAUCUGGGAAAUCAUUGCCAAUUUCACCCUUUUCGAGAAAUACAGCUAUUGCGCGGACGAUAUCACCCGCGACAAUGUCGAGGUCCUUGGAAUGUUACCACCAGAGUGGUGGAGUGCUUGGGGGGCGCGAGCAGAGUCAUAUCGUGAGGAUGGUACGCCGAUCAAAAAAAAUGAAAUCAGGACUUGGGAGGCUCGAUUCGAGAAUUCUAUCCAGAAACCGAGGAAUAAGAGGGGGAUGCCCUUGAUUGGUGCACGGGAGCGAGAGGCCAUCUUCAAUAUGCUACGGCCGAUGCUGAAGUAUAGGCCUGAGGAUCGAUGUACGACAAGACAGGUCCUUGAGUCCGAAUGGAUGGUCCAGUGGGCUCUUCCGGAAUAUGAAAAAGCGAAAAGGCUUCCGUGGAAGUCUUUAAGAUAA